UAUAAAAUCUCCAACAGCUUCAGAAGAUUCCUGAUGUACAAAUCCUCAAAGUGCUAAUAGAAAACUCCAGACUCAGCACAACCCAUAUUCAAUUCAACCAACAGCACUGUGGUAAAGUCACAGCCAUGGAUUCUUCUAAUACACCGCAAAUGCGCUCCGGUCUGUAAUUUCUUUCAAAUUUCCUAUUGCAAAUAUCUAUAUCCACAUGUACUAAAUUCUGACCAACAUUCAAGCAGCAGACAAAGUCAAACUCAACACACCCUCACAAAUACCCCUCCCCGUAACACCGGUCUCCACACUAAAACUCAGAGAAGCAACUCGUGUUCCUCUUCCCGAAUCACCUAUUCCAAUAGCCUCUAUGCAUAAGCUCAAGAUCUCAGAUCAUGUUUCCCUUCCCGAGACACCUCUACGCUCUUCAGGUAUGAAGUUUCCAUUCCUCAUUCUUCCCUAUCUCUAACAAAGAGCUAUUUAUAAAGAUUCUAAUACGAAUUCAGUUGUCAAGAAUCUCGUAUUAAACGAUGCCAAUAUUCCCCUUCCAGAAACACCAACGCCAGAAAUUUCCCCCCUCAAACUCGAAGAUGCAUCUAGAGUUCCACUCCCCGAGACACUCCAAUCUUCUGCCGGUAUGAAAUCUUCCCUCACCAUUUCCGACAUUGACACACAUAAAUACAAAUCAUAGAUCCCCAGCUAACAAUUAUCACAGUACCCGAUAAACUCAAACAAGCCAUUCAAACCCCCCUCCCCUCCACACCUCCCCAAUCCAAAUCCCAAACCCAAUCCACCAAAUUCACCGACCAAGUCAUGUCGGCCUCCAAAAGCACCCUCAAACGCACACUCGACAAAUUUUCCGAAUCCAACAUCGUCCAACUCCGAGAAAUCGUCGAAUACGGAUUCUUAUAUCCGCUUGUACAUAGUGGCAAAGUAAGCACACUACAGACGAUUGGAUUUGAUGAAAUUGAUCAUAGUUUGAAAUGGAUGGCCUUUAAUGAGUAUAUUCAUAAAAAAGCUUCGAUGGAUGAACUUCAGGGUUUUGUCAUUGAGUUGGGUAAUAGUGAUGAGGUGCUUAGGAGGGAGAUACAUGAGUAUUUGGGCGUGUGUGCUUUUAUUGCUAAAUAUACUGAGGAUUAGAGAUGCGUGGUGGGAAUGGAUGUAUGUUGAAUUUAUUGGGCUGGCCUAUACGUGCAUACACUUUGUUGGGAGAAAGGGUAGCUUCGAGCGUUGAGUCAGGAAUGGUUCAGCGGGAGUAUGGACGUUGAUAUACAGGGAGCUUGAUAUCGGUGGGGGUUUUAUUCAUGAAUGCGAAAUUUUGCAUAGAGGCAAUGGGAUCGGUAUUCAUUAGAGGUAGAUGAUAUCUUAUA